AAGCCCCUGCGGUGCACCAGCGACGCGUUCGAGGCGGGCAAGCUCUGGACCACAUGGCGUCCGCCACGGAGCGGCCGAUCGAGACCGGGGCGGGGGCGCUGAGCUCCGUCGAGAUUGACGUGUUAAACCUCGAGCUGCGGUGUCCGAUCUGCCUCGAGCUGAUGAGCGAGCCGGUGGCGACCGCCUGCCUGCACCGCUUCUGCGCCGGCUGCAUCGAGAAGUGCCUCCGCAUCGGCAAGCAGGAGUGCCCUUCGUGCCGGCGGCCCGUCGCGACCCGCCGCUCGCUCCGCAAGGACACCAACUUCUCGAAGCUCAUCUCGACAUUCUACCCGGACCUGCAGGCCUUCAUGGAGCAGGAACGGCUGCGCUCGCAGGCCCUGUCCGAGGAGCACCGCGGCCGGCACGCGCAGCAGAUGCGCAUGCUCUGGGGGGCGAGGCGGGCGGUCGCCGCCGACGCGAGCCACCGCAACCUGACGCCGCGCGCGCCGCUGGCGGCGGCGCCGGGCGACGGCGACGGCGAGUCGGACGGGGAGGGGGAGGAGGACAGCGAUGGGGAGGGUGGCGAGGGCGGCGACGGGGAGGGAGAGGGCGAGGGCGAGGAGGACGAGGGCGAGGAGGACGAGGGCGAGGAGGACGAGGAGGGCGAGGGCGAGGUGGCGGCAGGGCGGGCAGAGGCGGCCGGAGGGGAGCCGGCUGGAGGGGCGGCCGGCCCCGCCAACGGAAAGGCGGCCCUCCCACGGGCGGCCGCGCUGCCGGGCCACAGCUUAGGCGGCGGCAGCAGAGGCGAGGCGGGGGAGGCUGCGGCUCGAAGGCCCGUUGGGCUCGUGCUGCGGCGGCACCCGCUUGAGGAGUCGCUCGACCCGCUCACAAAGGACUACGUCACCGUCGACAAGGCGGCAGCGCUGCUGGCGGAGGGAGCCGUCAACGCAGAGUGCCUCGCCUCGGUCGAGGCUGCGCCGUUUGAGGCGUGCUACGCGGGGGCGUGGUGGCAGGCGGAGGGAGGGGGCGAGGCGCUGGAGGAGCGGGUCGGAAGCGCAAAGGGGCUCGUCUGCGCCUGCCAGGAGCCGCUCGCCUCGCUCGGCCAUCAGCGAGCGUGA